CUUCCGACAAAGGGCGGGCGCUUUGAAAAGAAAAGGUCGCAAUGCCAGAGCAGUUGAACGGUUGACGAACUCCAAUGGCGGGGAGAAGAGAACCUUCCCCGUCAUGUCUCAUAAAAACUAGGAUGAUUUUAUUAUUCGGCCGGGCAGCCGCUUCGCCACACGUUUUUGACUUUGACAGAGCAGCCGGCGGAGUAUUUCCUCCCGUUCCGAUGCGGCCGGAGCGUAUAUAAGCGGGAGCGGGAGGCUUCCUCGUGCUCUCCACGCGACCCGGUGAGAUUUCCGGCGGAGCCCCCUGAGGACGACCUGAGAUCGACGGUGUAGAUUUUUCCCGCAGCUCUGAUUUGCUUCAACGGCUCGUUUGCAGUACAUACUACGAUUCUGAGGAAUGGAGAUUUUCCCUAGAGCCACCGAUGAGGAGUCAUCAUCAGAGCGAUCUUCUGCAGAACAGGAUAUUCAAAGAUGUCCUUUUCUGAGAAAUAUCAAUGAGCCCACAAACUUUUCCUUCUCUACGUCGUUGAGUUUUCCAAUACCCGUAAGUGUAAGAGCAACUAAAGGUCCAAUUUUUGAGGAUGAACCCAAUUUUGACAUGGCAUUCAGGCUUUUCCAUGGUCGUGAUGGAGUUGUUCCACUUACAGAAAAAUCCUUCCCUCAGCCAGAAAAUUUGGAACGUGCGUCUGCCUCUCAGUUUAAUCCUUUGGCAGCAAAAGCCGCGACAAUCAGCCUCUCAGCCUUUGGACCAGAAGGCCUCUUUGGUUUUGAUUUCUUUUCUCAGAAAUGGAAAAAACAGGCUCGAAAGCCCCCAUCCAAAAAAGAAUCUUCUCAACAGGGAAACUCUCAUGAAGCAAUGAGCAACGAAUGGCUUGAAACUGGAAACUGCCCCAUUGCAAAAUCCUACAGAGCUGUAAGCAACGUCCUGCCUCUCGUUGCCAAGGUGUUGCAGCCACCUCCAGGCAUGAAGCUCAAGUGUCCACCUGCUGUAGUUGCUGCACGUGCAGCUCUAGCCCGAACUGCACUUGUGAAGUCCCUAAGACCACAGCCACUGCAUUCGAAAGUGCUAGUAAUUGGCAUGUUGGGCAUGGCUGCCAAUGUUCCGCUAGGGAUAUGGAGAGAGCACACCAAAAAGUUUUCUCCUGCCUGGUUCGCUGCCAUCCACGCAGCAAUUCCCUUCAUUGCCAUGCUGAGGAAGUCGGUGCUGAUGCCCAAGUCGGCAAUGGCAUUCACUAUUGCAGCUUCCGUUUUAGGUCAGGUGAUCGGCUCAAGAGCAGAAAGGCUCAGAUUGAAGACGGUAGCAAUGGCAAGAGUGGGCGCAGAGUCAACAGCAGCAGCAACAGAAGUUUUAGAGUUAACAGGUAAUGGGGAUGUGGUUACUGCGCAUCUUGCAGCUACAUCUAAUGGAGGAGCCACCAACUCCAAGCACCCAGAUCAAAAUGGGAGUUGUGGGAUUUACUUAUGGGAUCCACUGCCGCUGAAAGCGGUUCUGCGGCCAUCUGCGCGGAGCAUUUGUUAAUGAGAGUCAUGACUUUAGCUUCCUGCUUCAUUCUAUCUCCAUAUGAUAUGGGGCUGCAAAAUAAAAUUGAACGGCGUAGUUGGUUGCAACUGCUAUUCACAUUUGAUUUUCAUUAUUAAUCAAUAUACUGAUAGGGGUCUCCCAAA